AUGAAACAAUUUCAAACAUGUAAUAACUACUAUAUUAGAAAAUUUAAACCUUCAAAAAAUAUCAAAAAAAGACAGUUAGAAAUUAAUGAAAAUGAAGAUCAGAAAAAUAAAGAUCAAGAACCUGAAAAUGAUAAAAAUAAAAAUCAAGAAAACAAUGAUCUAGAAAUAAUAAAUUCAACAAACCUUUAUAAUCAUUUUGCACAGCUUUUAAAUAUAUAUUUGAUGCAAUCUAAUGAUGAUUCAGAAAAUAUGUUGCCAUUCCAAUUUCAAUAUGGGGUAGAUGUAUCAAUGUUUGAUGGGUUAGAAAAAGAAGUUGUAAAUAAAUUGGUUAAAUUAAUUAAAAGUGUAGACAAAUUCUCAUAG